AUGAUCAACCGACUUGGGCAGAGGCUAAAGGAGAACUUUCAAGAGACGACGCGCGACCUGAGCCUGCUGGCUGGCAGCGGCGGCUCAGGGAGUGCCGGCUACUUUGACGCGUCCGAGGACAAGGUACUCGAAGUGUCCACGCUCCUCGAAUCGCGCGCCGACAGCGAACGUCUCGAGGGCAUGAAGCGUAUCAUUGCCGCCAUGAGCAAAGGUCGCAACAUGGAGGGCUUCUUUGCCCAGGUUGUCAAGAACGUCGUCUCUGGCAGCAUCGAGAUUCGCAAGCUCGUGUACAUCUAUCUCCUCCGUUAUGCGGCGACCAACUCGGACCUGCUGCUGCUCUCUAUCAAUACUUUCCAAAAGGACCUGUCCGAUUCGUCUCCUCUGAUCCGUUCCAUGUCCUUGAGGGUCCUGACUUCUAUCCGUCUUCCCAUUAUCCAAGGCAUCGUCAUGCUCGGGCUCAAGAAGCUCGUCAACGAUCGCAACCCCUGGGUUCGCAAGACAGUCGCUGGCGGCCUGGCAAAGGUGUACGAGAUGGACUCGACCACUCUCCCCGAGCUUAUUCCUCUGCUGCAGACCCUCAUAGCCUCGCCAUCCCCGCUCACCUUGGGCGCGACUCUAACUGCCUUCUCGGAGAUUUGCCCCGACCGACUCGACCUGCUGCACCCAUACUAUCGCCACAUCUGUAGGCUCAUGGGUGAUGCCGACGAGUGGGGACAGGUCGUCGUCCUCGACGUUCUCACCCGCUACGCUCGCGCCAUGCUUGAGAAGCCUGACGGUGCUGGCAGUGCUGCACCUGCUCCCAAGGAUCAGAAUGGUGCCCAGGAGGAAGACGACUUUGAGGGCCUGGACGUCGACCUGGCUAUGCUUCUCGACCACGCCAAGCCCCUCCUUCAGUCCCGCAACGCUGCUGUCGUUGUUGGUACCGCCACCAUGUACUACAACUUGGCGCCUGCUGGCCACACUGCUGUUGGCCAGGAGCUGCUCGUGGCCCCUAUUCUCCGCCUCGCUGGCACCGCCGGUUCAGACCCGACUGGCUCGGACGAGGUGACUUCCUUGACCUGGGAGGUGAUUGCUGCAAUGGCCGAGGAGCGUCCCUGGCUCUUUACUUCCCGCCAUUCGAGCUUCUUCCUCCACGCCGCCGAUUCGUCCGUUAUCAAGCAUGCCAAGCUGCGCAGCCUGAUCGCUCUCGUCUCUGCCGAUAAUGCCGCCGCCUCUAUCCGCGAGUUUAAGCACUAUGUCAACCUCCCAGACGAAAAGGUCGCCGAGGAGGCAGUGCGCGCUAUCGGGCACUGUGUGCGCACCCAGCCUGCCGUGGCCGAGUCUGGUCUCCGCGCUCUCAUGAGGCUCCUCAAGAGCCCGCGAAGCUCGCUUGUCGCCCAGGCCGUGAUUGUCCUCAAGGACGUCAUCCUCAAGGGCGUUUCCCUGUCUUCUCCACAGCGCCUUGUUGCCCGUCUUGCCAAGCAGCUGGACAACAUUACCAACGCCAGUGCCCGAGCCAGUGUCUUUUGGCUCGUGGGCCAGUUUGCUGCCGACGACUCGCCCGACACCACAAUGGGCCUCAAGUGGGACGGUGUGGCACCGUGGGUUCCCGACGUUUUGCGCAAAGGUAUCAAGGGUUUCGUCAACGAGGAGGCUGCCGCCAAGCUCCAGGUUCUCACUCUUGCGAGUCAGUUGCUCGUCCUCUCACCCUCAGUGGCAAAACUCGGAGCCCUCUCCCAGUACCUCUUCACUCUUGCGCGUUACGACAGCGACUAUGACGUGCGCGACCGUGCGCGUUUCCUUGCGGCCUUGCUCCGCGGUGUGCGCGAAGAGAAGAUCGGCGACGAACAGGCAGAUGACGAGGACGUCGGUGGUGUGACACUCCGUCGCGAGCAGGUCAAGGUCGUUCUCCUUGGCCAUCGCACAGUGACGAGCGAUGCUGUGGCCUUGGAGCAGGCCGAAUUUGGCGUGGGCUCCAUGUCGCGUAUCACACACAAAAGGCUCGGCGCAUACGUAGCUCUUCCCGAGUGGACUGACGACCCGACCGACUCGACUCUCCGGGACUCGCAAGAGGAAGAACAGGUCAAGCACGCACCUUCUCCAUCGCCAGCCACGUACGCUGCUGCGCCUCCUCAAACCGCGGUGCCGCGCAACAUCUCCAGCAGCACCCCGCGGAUUGCCUCGCCAAUGGGUUCGUCGCCUGCGGGCUCUGUUCCACAGGCACGUGCCAAAUUCCGCGACCUCGACGACUUCCUCAACUCGGAAGAAGAGAGUGAGGAAGAGGAAGAGGAAGAGGAGAGCGACGACGAGAGUUUUGUGCACCAGCCGGUGUCUGCCCCGCCACGACGCGACAUUGUGCCCGAGUAUGACGAGGACGACGAUCAGGAGGACGAGGACAGUGAGGAGGAGGAGGACGAGGACAGUGAAGAGGAGGAAGACAGUGACGAAUACGACGAGUAUGUGGAGAGGGCGCCGUUGUACAGGCAGUAG